CCGCCCGCCGUGUCCUCCACCGCUCCUCGCACACGGCCCCUGGUCGCCCCGUCACUCUGGUUCCAGGGGGCAUGCGGCAGCCGCAGGGGUCCCGGCUCCCCGGCUCGGCGGCGCGGGCCAGUGUGAGCGGAUGUUCAGUUCUUCUCCACAAUGAAUGAAUGUUACUAUGAUAAGCAGAUCGACUUUUUUUAUAACAGGAGCAACAAUGACAUUGUUGAUGAGUGGACAGGAACGAAGCUUGUCAUCGUUUUGGGUGUCGGAACAUUUUUCUGCCUGUUUAUCUUUUUUUCUAAUUCCCUGGUCAUCGCAGCAGUGAUCAAAAACAGAAAGUUUCAUUUCCCCUUCUACUACCUGUUGGCUAACCUAGCUGCUGCAGAUUUCUUUGCUGGAAUUGCCUAUGUAUACCUGAUGUUUAACACUGGCCCGGCUACAAAAACUCUGACCAUCAACCGCUGGUUUCUCCGCCAGGGGCUUUUGGAUACUAGCCUAACGGCUUCCCUGACCAACUUGCUGGUUAUUGCUGUGGAGAGGCACAUGUCAGUCACGAGUAUGCGGAUCCACAGCAACCUGACCAAAAAGAGGGUGACGCUGCUCAUUUUGUUCGUCUGGGUGAUCGCCAUCUUUAUGGGAGCUGUCCCCACACUGGGCUGGAAUUGCCUCUGUGACAUCUCUUCCUGCUCUUCCCUGGCCCCCGUUUACAGCAGGAGUUACCUCAUUUUCUGGACUGUGUCCAACCUCGUGACCUUCUUUAUCAUGGUUGUGGUGUACCUGCGGAUCUACAUGUACGUAAAGAGGAAAACCAGUGUCUUGUCUCCACAUAUGAGUGGGUCCAUCAGCCGCCGGAGGACACCCAUGAAGCUAAUGAAGACGGUGAUGGCUGUCUUAGGGGCCUUCAUUGUGUGCUGGACCCCGGGCCUGGUGGUUCUGCUACUGGACGGCCUGAACUGCACGCAGUGCAACGUGCAGCACGUAAAAAGGUGGUUCCUGCUGCUGGCGCUGCUCAACUCCGCCAUGAACCCCAUCAUCUACUCCUACAAGGAUGAGGACAUGUACAGCACCAUGAAGAGGAUGAUCUUCUGUUUCUUGCAGGAGAGGAACCCGGAGGGGCAGCCCUCCCGCAUCCCCUCCAUGGUCCUCAGCCAGAGCGACACAGGCAGCCGGUACAUGGAAGAUAACAGCAACCGAGGCCCUGCCUGCAACAAAAGCAGUUCCUGAGAUAUGGGUGCCCCUCCGCCAGCCGGACCUCCUCUGUGGGAAGAGUUAUUCUGAAUGGUCACCUGUCCCAGCAAAGCCCACAUACAGUGUUAUUUGAGGUCUGAAUGAAUCAUUGGGACAUCUUUUUUUUAUAAUUUUAUGGCCACACCUGCGGCACAUGGAAGUUCCUGGGGCAGGUAUUGAACUGGAGCCACAGCUGUGAUCUGUGCUGCAGCUGUGGCAACACUGGAACCUUUAACCCACUGCACCUGCACUGGGCUGGGGCUCCAAUCCUCACCUUUGCAGCCACUGGAGCUGCUGCAUUGGAUUCUGAACCCACCAUGCCACAGGGGGAACUCCAGGAAAUUUUUUUUUUAACUGUUUUACAUAGAUUAAAAGCAUGGGCAGAAAAUAGGAGAUGCAGUGCAUUUGGCGGAAAUGUACAGGAAGAGGGAAGGCAGCACUGUGCGUCCCUGCUUGAUGUCCUGUGACCCUCUCCGGGCACCACCCACCAGUCUGUGCCAUCUGGGCUCUGCCACCAUCUUGUAGCCAUUCUCCUUGUGUUUUCAAAGGUUGUUAAAGGGUUUAGGCCAAAAUAAAUUAAAAUGUUACUUGAGCCACUUCAUGUAGCUGCUUGGAGAGUCUAUGUAUUUCUUUGCAUGCAUUUGAAAUUUUUUUAAAAAAAUGCUUCAGCAGUGAUGUUUUAUUCCUCAAACAAACCAUGACUAGUAGCUCGGUGUUCAAUAGGAAUCUUGGAAUUACAAAUCAGUCAGGACUCCAGAUUAAUUAAAUUGGUUUUUAACUGUAAGAACAUUUUGAGGAAAAAAAGAUUUCCUUUAAGGUAAUAAUAAAACAGGUACACAUUAAAAACUCCUCUUGAAGAAAAAAAAAAAAGAAGCUUUGAUGUAGUCCUUUCCAUGUGCAAAUGUGUGUACACACACUGUAUAUUUACACACUUUGUAUUUAACAAGGGACAGUGAUAGUGAAAUAAAUUCACUGGCCACUUAGACUUUCCAAUCUAGGACUAUGGCAGUAGAAAUGAUCUUUUGUGCUUUAAAAUAGAAAGAGCUGAUUCAUUUGAAAACAAGCAUUCAGCAGGGUAAAAGGUACAUUGACAUGUGGGCUGAAUCCCUUGCACAUAGGAUCAAAUAUGAGCUCAAAUAAGUCUUUCUAUUCAGUUCCCUCCAUACCACUGGUGACUUGUCAGAUUUAGCAUAUAGAAUAAUCUUCACAUAUUUUACCCACAAUUAUUGACAUGUUUUCAGUACUUGUGUUACUUAAGAACUGAAUUUUGAUCUGAGUUCUAUUUUAAAAUUUUUCUCCUUCAGAGACAUAGGUAGACAACAUGAAAGGCAAGUCAGUAAGAAAAAAACAAAAAAUGUUUUAUAUACAUAGGCUC